UUGUAAACGUUUGCUGAGACACGAUAAGUUUAUUUCUGGUAAUUAUUUUCGGGUUGUGCUGCUGUUUUAGGUUAAAUUCCACCGACGCUGCUUAAGUUCAGAGGAUUUUCGAUUGCAGUCGGUGCGUUGUGGCGUUCCUAUUCCUCGUUACUCGUGGCGCACAUAAUAUUUAAACUCAAACUUGUAAUUCGGCGUGAUUCGGCCAAUUUUCGGGUCAGCUGCGGACUGUAAGAGAGAAGGAAAAUUGUGACGCAGUUGUGUAAAACAUCUUUCGUUGCUUGCUGCAACAGUGCUAGCAAUUUUUUCAUAGCCCACGUUAGCUUCUGUAAAACGUCACCACAGUGCUUUCCUGUCAGUGACCAUGUCGCAUUACAUUUAUUAAUCAAUGUAAAAUGUAUUCAGUCGGAAAAGGUACAUGUUGGGGGGAGAUGAGUCUGAAAGAAAGAGUUGUUUUGUAGAGACGUGGGUAUUGUAGUUUAUUAACCCAAGCAAAGCUUAGCUUCUAACGACCACUAUAAAGGAAAAGAACUACAACAUCCAGACGCCCGGCUCUCUGGAUACUUUGUAAACUCUGCAAGUUGCUCGUCUACUGCUAUUUUUGAUUUUCAGCUGAAUUCUCGUUUGACUACACUGGCCAGCAUCCACAAGAUUCACCACACCUUACACAGGCUGAAUCUGGCUGAAGACGUUGGACAGGAUAGCCACCCGUCAGCUUGCUACUCAAGAGCCAUGCCACCUAGGAAAAAGAGGAGACCUUCUGCUGGAGAUGACAUGUCAGCCAAGAAAAGUCGCCAAGAGAGUGUUUUCAGAAAACAUGAAACAUCGCAAAUCCGGGAGGAGGAGACGUUUUCUAGUAAAAGAUGUUUGGAGUGGUUUUAUGAAUAUGCAGGUUGUGACGAUGUGGUGGGUCCAGAGGGCAUAGAGAAGUUCUGUGAGGACAUCGGAGUGGAGCCUGAAAACGUGGUGAUGCUGGUGCUUGCUUGGAAACUGGAUGCCCAGAGUAUGGGAUAUUUUACUCUUCAGGAGUGGCUACGAGGCAUGGGUUCCCUUCAGUGCGAUUCCACCGAGAGGCUGAGGAACUCCCUCGACUACCUGAGAUCUGUGCUGAACGACGGCACCAGUUUUAAGCUCAUUUACAGAUACGCCUUUGAUUUUGCUCGGGAAAAAGAUCAGAGGAGUUUGGACUUGAACACAGCCAAGUGCAUGCUGGGACUUCUUCUGGGGAAGACGUGGCCUCUGUUUCCUGUCUUCAAUCAGUUUUUAGAGCAAUCCAAGUAUAAAGUCAUCAACAAAGACCAGUGGUGCAACGUUUUAGAGUUCAGCAGGACAAUCAACCUGGAUCUUAGUAACUACGAUGAGGAUGGGGCCUGGCCAGUUUUGUUGGAUGAAUUUGUGGAAUGGUACAAAGAAAGACAGAUGUCAUAGCUGAGGAUGGAAAAGGAAAAAUAAAAGACAACUGUGACCACAACAAAUCAACAACCAAUACGCAAACAUCAAACAAACGGUAAAGCAGUGACAGUGGGUGCUUCCUGGUAAAGGAGGGGUUCUGUGGUGGGUGGAUGGGGGUGGGGGGCGCUGGGUUUACAGCUCAGCUGGAUUCUGCCUCGACUGUCAGGGCAGAAGGCUGUUAUUGUGGAGUUAACUCGCCAUGAGGAAGUUGCAUUGUGGGUCGAUUUGCAGCAAUCCCCCUGUGGUGUUGCUCUCGUCAUUGUGACACGUCACAUUGCUGAAAUCCAUCCGGUUUAGUGGAUGGAUGGAGGUAAAAUGGUAAUGUGUGGCAGAACCAGCCCUUCUUCAGCACCAAGAUACCAACUGGAGCAACUUUUCAUACAUUGUGUUUGAGUCUUACACGUCACUUGGACCUGGGCACACUCAAGUAUUAAAUACUCGUGCAAUCAACUUAAACUUGAGCUUCUCUGGACAAAUGGCACUAACUACUGUUUUUUUAUUUUAAUUUUAUUUCGUUAUUUGAGUUUGAUAGUAUUUCAAAAAGCACACUGUGUCAAAAGGGUUGACUGUGGGUUUCUGAUGCCUGUGCUGUUUACUAUCAAUAUAAGCCAGUUCUUUUUAUUCCCUCCAGUUUUCCUGUUUCUCUAACUGUUCUGCUAAUGCUGUCUGCUAGCCCACUGCUGGGUUCUCAGAUCUCACAACACCAAACGGAUCAACAUUGCUGCUUACCAACUCUCACUACAGUGCAGUGGUGAGCUCCGCAUCUGUUGGUCUAAAGACCAAUGUAUGUAUCUACAUUGUGUUGGUAGGAGUAUUAUUGUGCCUCAAACAUGGAAGUCACGUUUUGUGUCACUCACACACACACACACACACACACACACACACACACACACACACACACACACACACACACACACACACACACACACACACACACUUGGUCAGGUAAUAUUUCAGGAUGAAUCCAGACUGUUUAGGCUGUGUUAUGAAUUAGCAUAGAGCUAGACAGUGUCUAUUUAGUCUCAGUAUAUGGCAUCUUUUUGUCUUCCCUAGUCCACUUUCUGGUCUCCUUUUACCAGUAGCAUCUCUCCCAAAACUGACAGUGUUAAUAUACGGUAACUACAGUGGAACACCAUGCACCCUCCGAGAGCAACAUCCUAGUAGGCUUGUGAGUUAUUUCUGCUCAAAGUAUUUUUGUACCACCUGUAGGAUGUAAACAGUGGACACUGACAGUUUGGAGCUGUGUAAUGAUGCUAUGCUGUUCUGUGUGUAAUGAUGCUAUGCUGUUCUGUUUGCCUAGUGUAAUGUACUUGUAUAAAUUUUUUUGUCCUUGACUGUGACGUAAUGCUGAACUGUCAGAAGAUUUACUAUUUGCAUGCAUGCUCCAGCAGAGAACAGCAAAUGGAUGAGAUUGCUCAAAAACAUUUUUUCAAACAUGUUUUUGUUUUGUACAGUUAUUCGUGCACAUGUUUUGUGCUUGCUUUGGCAUACACAACCAUGUUAGUUUAUUUUUCUAAUGAGAAAAACACAAUUGUGUCUAAGACCUGGAACACACCUGUAACCUCAUGAUGGAGCGAGAGUUCCCUCCUGCAUUUAUCCCAUAUUCUGCAUCUUUACACACAUUUUAAACCCCAACAGGCUGCAGACCGUGUGAUGAAUUAUUUUAUUUAAAGUACAUAAAAUAUUUGGUUUGCCAUUAUUCACACAAAUGCACAUUUCAAAUAGCGACGUUUGUCCAUUAAAAUCCAGUCAUUGUGAAGUAUCAUCCUUCAGCAAAAACAGAUUAGACCAGCUGUUGGAUUGCUACCAAAUACUGUGUAGACAUAGUUGUUUUGGUAUUCUUCCAUAAAAAUGCAGGAGGAUGAACAGCCUUGUCCCAACUGUAUAUUAUGUAAACAAUUUAAUGUCUAUAUGUCUGUUUUCACUAUAACCAAUGUCUAUACACGAAAAUAAAAGGGUUUAUUAACUUA